UUUAUUUCAUUCAAAACACAGAAACGUUACCUAAACUUAAAAACUAUUAACGUUAUCAUUGCGGUGACGUCAUGGAGCGUAACAAUGUCCGUACUAGAAUGUGGAUGAAGACUUUCCGAGAUAAACAGGACGAGGGGAACACAGGAAUGAGCAGGAGGAGCACGGUUGAUGACUCUCGGAGAAUUUAUCCGUCACGUAGACCGAUUCCACCGAAUAACAACGCGACCGGACUAGGUUUUCGUCUCAAAGUUCGAGUUUGUCCGAAACUCGAUCAAGUCUUCCUCGCGUUCGUCACCAUAUUGCUGAUUGUGUCGUUAGAUCUUUGUGUUCUCACAAUCGUCAAUGUGGGACCUGGGUUGAUGAGCACGAAAUUUUCGCCUGCUAAAUGCAAAAUUGUCGGGAAGUCGAUUAGCAAUUCAUCAUUCUGUUAUAUUUCAUCAAUCGAAAACCAUGGAAAAGUAUUAUGGUUUCCAUGCCUACGAGUAUACGUCACACUUGAUGAUCGUGAUGACGUCAACGAUGAUGUGACGUCACAAGAUCUUAGUUUGUCGAAAAUUAUCUCUCCACCUCUUCUCUCUGUGACACCAACAAUAUCCCCCGAAACGGACAAUGACGUCAUAGAAUCAAGUUCAGUGACGUCACAAAAAAAUGAAAAGUUGUUGUUAUAUCAGAAUGAGUUUCAUCUUGUGGGAGGAGACUAUAAAACUCGGCCGUGUUCCUACCUACCGGAUUACUGCUCGGGUAAGGCGCGGGAUAUCGCUUGGCGCGUUUAUAACUAUUCAAAAACAAUUGGGGAGGUAAACGACACGACUCCAUGUUAUUAUAGCACCACUAGUGGACUCGAUGUCGCCUCUAGUGCCGUGGCAAUGAAAUUUAAAACAGUUCGACCAUCUGACAUGGUGCAUUCCUUACUAUGGCCUGUUAUUGGUAUAUUUGUGAGUGUUAUUUCUUGCACUUUGUUUUGGAAGAAGAAUCAUCACCGGGUUCACAGAAUGUUUAUAUAUAACGCAUGGUCACAGUCAUGAUAUAACAAAGUCGCAAUAUUGUCGUUAUUUACAUGCAAACAUGCGAAAACAGAAUUUUUGUGCGAGUAUCAGAUCUUGAUAUCGGUAACUCGUUAACUAAUCCCAUACCCGACAUGGACAGUAACAUGACACGAGGCCUUGUCCACCAUGAUAUCCACAAAGAGUCGGCUGCGAUGUCCACCAUCAUCAAAUCCAUGCUUCUGAAACAAUUAACUGGCUAACUAAUCUCAUACCCGACAUAUAUUGGUAACCAGACGAAAGGCCGUGGUUCACCAUAUGAUUAAGCCGUCUUAUCGGAUUUCCUAUCCCCCGGAUAAAUAUGAAAAUCUUGUGUUAUUCUGAUAACUGUACAAGAGGUAUAGUUCGCUAUAUGAUUAGGCCGUAUUAUCGACUUUCCUCUUUCCGGGGUAAAUUCAAAAACCAUAUGCCUUGCAGGCUCAAAGGAAAGUCGAAAAGAAGCUUGUAUCUGGGGCGGUGGUGUCGAGACUGAUGCUUUUGCUGGUAAUAAGUCACAGCGAGUCAGGGUUGUAUUUUUCAACUUUUGCGUGGCGGAAGUCUAUACUUUCUAAAUUCGAGAGUCGAUAUUUUUUUAAAACUUUUCAUAAGUCAUGAACCACUAAUAUGUUGCAACAAAAGUUGGAAAUAUUUGCGAUAAAAAUUUAUUUUGUUACUCGAAGUCAGAAUUCUGAGAAUUAUUGAACCCAGAGCUCCGCGACCCCCAAGCCUGCUUGCGAUUUAACCACUAACCGAGCAAAAAUAUGCACAUGAGCAAUGUUCCCUCUGAACAAUGAAGAAAUUUUGGCGUUCUAACCGAGUAAUAAGUGGGCCAACAACAAACUUUCUCAACCUGCCAACCGAGCACAUUGUUACAUUACAUCGAAAUACUUCUGUGCGCAGUAAAUCUAUGCGUGUGCGCAGCCUCUGAAAGCUGGGUGCGCGCGCACACCUUGGCUUAGAGGGAACACUGCACAUGAGCAACUAAUAGGUGAAAAGUUGCAAUUUCUGAGAAAACGGAAUGUUUUCUGUUCGCCGUUGACAACGCAAUAUAUAUAUAUAUAUGUAAUACACGCCGGGUGAGAUGGUGAGCUGAAACACAGCGA